CCCUCCUUUUACUCUAACGUUUUUCACACUUUCGUUAUGCUUUUUGUACUAAUUCAAAACUUUCUUUUCUUCCCUCAAUGCAAUGUGUCUAUUGGAAUUCCAAUUUCGCUGAUUUCUACUCUUUAGGGUUUUGGGUGUUUUUGCAUUUUGGGGAAUGAGAGCUCAUGGCAUUUGCUAAUGCUGCAGUGAUAGCUCCCUCUUCUCUGUAUGGGGUUGUUCGAAUCAGUUAUUGUGACCCAAAAGCUCCCCUAUUGGGCUCUCAUGGCGAUUCGGGUUCUGGGUUUUGUAGUUCCGCGUUUUGCGUUGGGUCCCAUGCUGGGAAGAGUGACGUUGUGCUUGAAAGGAGGAGGUUGAAGUCUGUUGAUACCCGCAUUGUUGAAAAUACCCAGAUGAAAUCCACUAUUGAAAUCCCAGUUUCUUGCUAUCAGCUUAUCGGUGUUCCUGGUAGAGCUGAGAAAGAUGAAAUCGUUAAGGCAGUAAUGGGAUUGAAAAAUGCUGAAAUUGAAGAAGGUUACACAAUGGCUGUUGUUGCAUCUCGCCAAGAACUUCUGAUGGAUGUUAGGGAUAAGCUUCUUUUUGAGCCUGAGUAUACUGGUAACCUGAGGGAAAAGAUUCCCCCUAAAUCUUCCCUUCGUAUUCCUUGGUCAUGGUUGCCUGCUGCUCUAUGCCUCCUUCAAGAGGUUGGAGAGUCAAAGCUUGUGCUAGAUACUGGACGAACAAGUCUUCAGCAUCAAGACGCCAAGCCAUAUACAGAUGAUCUAGUUCUUUCUAUGGCGCUAGCUGAGUGUGCACUUGCGAAGAUUGGCUUUGAGAAGAAUAAAGUAUCUCAAGGUUUUGAAGCUCUUGCUCGUGCCCAGUGUCUUCUAAGAAGUAAACCAUCUCUUGCAAAAAUAACACUGCUAUGUGAGAUUGAAGAAUCUCUUGAAGAGCUUGCACCUGCUUGCACCUUGGAACUACUGAGCAUGCCACGUACCCCUGAAAAUGUUGAUAGAAGACGAGGAGCAAUUGCUGCUUUGCGUGAAUUGCUCAGACAGGGUCUUGAUGUUGAAGCUUCAUGCCAAGUGCAGGACUGGCCUUCCUUUCUAAGCCAAGCAUUUGACAGUUUGCUGGCUAAUGAGAUAGUUGAUCUUCUUCCCUGGGAUAACUUAGCUAUGAUGCGAAAGAAUAAGAAGACAAUUGAAUCACAGAAUCUAAGGGUAGUAAUUGAUUCAAACUGUUUCUAUAGAGUUUUUACUGCUCAUAUGGCACUUGGGUUUUCUAGCAAGCAAAAAGAGUUGAUUAGCAAAGCAAAAGACAUAUGUGAAUGUUUAAUAGCUUCAGAGGGCAUUGAUCUUAAAUUUGAGGAAGCUUUUUGCUCAUUCCUUCUUGGACAGGGCAAAGAGGCUGAGGUGGUUGAAAAGCUGAAACUACUUGAGCUGAACUCAAAUCCGAAACAUAAUUCAGUCUUGGGGAAGGCAAUAAUGGAUGCUUCUGCUGCAAACCCAUCAUUGGAAAAGUGGCUGAAGGAUUCUGUUCUUGCUUUAUUUCCGGAUACUAAAGAUUGUUCUCCAGCUCUGGCCAGUUUCUUUAAUACUCAAAAGAAAAUUUCUGGAAGCAGGAAUUCUAAAGGAGCUCAACAAACAACACCUACUAUAUGUCAUAGACCUCUAUCCUCAUCUGGUGCCUUAGAUCGAAGAGAUUUUGAGGAACCUCGCUCAUAUAUGAGCUCUUCUCCAAAUCUAGGGUUUGCUGUCAAGCAGCUUACUCCUACUGAUUUGCAAAGUUCACUGCUAACUGGCAGAACUGAAACUGAAAGCAAUCUUAACGAGUCACCUGUUGAAGUAAAAAGGAACCUUGGCACUCAUCGCAAUGGAACUUGGGAUAGUCACUUCAUUCAUUCACACAUAUUUGGAAAAAUAACAUACAUUACCAUACUGGGUUGUAUUGCAUUUGCUACCAUUAAGUUGUUGGGAAUGAACCUAAGCAAGACUGUCACUGGUUCUCAUCGGGCUUUCACUAAAGCCAAUGAUAACAUUGCUUGGACUGCAGAUUCAUCUGCUGAAUACACUGUAGGCCCUGCUUAUAUUAGGCGAAGUACUAUUGCGGACAGACUAAAGAGAAUCUUGGCAAUGGUUAAGAUACAGUUUUUGCACCAGUCAGAUGCUGGAAAUCAAAGCAAUUUACACACUGCUCUUGCCUCAUCAUCCUGUCCCACUAAUGUGUACAGGAGGCUGAUGCCUGUGGAAGAAGCAGAAACUCUUGUUAGGCAAUGGCAAACAAUCAAAGCUGAAGCUUUGGGGCCUAGCCAUGAAGUUAAUUGCCUCGCUCAAGUCCUUGACGAAUCCAUGCUUGCUCAGUGGCAAGCUUUGGCUGAUGCUGCAAAAGAAAGAUCUUGUCACUGGAGAUUUGUUUUGCUGAAAUUAUCGGUCCUUCGAGCUGACAUUUUGUCAGAUGGAAAUGGAGAAGACAUGGCAGAAAUAGAAGCUGUCUUAGAGGAAGCAGCUGAACUCGUUGACAAUUCUCAGCAAAAAAACCCAAACUACUAUAGCACUUACAAAGUUAAGUAUGUUAUGAAGAGGCAAGAUGAUGGAUCAUGGAAGUUCUGUGAAGGUGAUAUACGAACACCGUGAUAUUUGUGCUUAGUAUGUUACACGCUUGGAUAACUGAUGUUGCUGCUAACUUGGUUCCUUCCCUAAAUUUAGUUUUCUGGAACCUUAAAAUUCAAAGAGUAUCUCCAUUAGGCAGAUGAUGACAGCUUAAAAAACCCUUCUCUUCAAACAAUGUAAGGAAGCUAAGUUGUCUGUCAUCUAUCCCCUCCUUUUCUUUCUGAUUAGGAUCUGUAAAGAACUGAUUCAUUGACAUAUCAGUAGAUGUUUACCAUAACAUUCUCAUUCAAU